GGGACGGUGGAGCGCAUCGGCGCUGCUGUUGCGCACAAAACAAACCACCCGUGUGUUGACAGACGUUCUGCGAAGGUUGGCCCCCCACCACCACACCGCCCACCCCCUCUCCGGCUUGGUUGGAUUUACUGAGGCGUCUUCUGCAGCCGCAAGGAGGUAGACUACCGCAGCAGGAAGGUCAAGAGCGGAGGACUGAGACAGCGGAGGCAGGGAGGCACAGGGACCCCGUCCGACACACCGGGACCCCGCCCGGCCGCAGCUCCCCCCCCCCCGCUGCGCUGGAGCUCACUGAUUGUCACAUCUGUCAAGCAGAGAUGCCAAAUGGGGACAUGAGGGAAGACCCGUCUGAUGAAGAGUGAAUGAAAAGAGGAAGCACUGAAGGAUAAACGCAAGAGGAGUGAGAGACAAAGGAGGAGAGAAACAAAUCCUACAGAGGAGAACAAAGGGAAAUAAGAGGAGGAAAAGGAGGGAGGGAUAUGUGGGGAGGUCUAUGAAGGAAGAGAUACAUAGAAACAGGAAAACCACACACAAGUCCUUAAGGGGACAAACGGGAUUGAAAGUGAAAAGAGGGAUACCACAGAGGACAGAGAAGCUGGAAGCUUUGGGAAGGUAGGAAGGAAAAGCAAGGGACUCGUUGAAAGGGAGGAAAGAAACAUCUGGAUGGUCUCCACAGUGACGGCCAGCAGGUUACCCCCCCUCCGAAGAUGGCCUCCAACUUCAACGACAUUGUCAAGCAGGGCUACGUACGCAUGCGCAGCCGCAAGCUGGGGAUCUACCGGCGUUGCUGGCUGGUUUUUAAGAAGUCAUCCAGUAAAGGACCUCGUCGUCUGGAGAAAUACCCUGAUGAGAAGUCUGCCUACAUCAGAGCCUGUCCUAAGGUGACAGAGAUUAGCAACGUCAAGAAUGUCACACGGUUGCCUCGGGAUACCAAGCGGCAGGCUGUGGCCAUUGUGUUUACGGAUGACACCUCACGCACCUUCACCUGUGAAUCAGAGCUGGAGGCAGAAGACUGGUUCAAGACCCUGUCAAUUGAGUGUCUGGGCAUGCGGCUCAAUGAUAUCAGUAUGGGAGAGCCUGACUUGCUGGCUGCUGGGGUGCAGUGUGAGCACACAGAGCGUUUCAACGUGUUCCUCCUCCCCUCUCCCAACCUGGACAUCUACGGGGAGUGCAUGAUGCAGAUCACUCACGAGAACAUUUACCUGUGGGAUAUUCACAACCCUCGCACCAAGCUGGUCACCUGGCCGCUCUGCUCCCUACGGCGCUACGGACGCGACGCCACCCGCUUCACCUUCGAAGCCGGACGGAUGUGUGACAGCGGUGAAGGCCUUUACACCUUCCAGACCAGAGAGGGAGAGCAGAUCUACCAGAGGGUUCACUCCUCCACACUGGCCAUUGCCGAGCACCACAAGAAGGUCCUGCUGGAGAUGGAGAAAAACAGCAGGUUGAUGUCUAAGGGUUCAGAACCUGGCUCCUACCCCUGCACCCCCACUGCCAUCCUGCCCCGAUCUGCCUACUGGCACCACAUCACCGGAAACCAGACCGGCAUGGAUCCUGGCACUGGUGACGCUUCAGAAGACGACCUACUGUCCACUCGCCUGCCUCCUGAGCACCACGCCACGCUGCCCCUGGCAAACACACGUGCACAGUCCCAACUGCACAUACACACACACUCCCCAACACACUACCCCACCUACCCUGGACAGUGACAAACAUACACAACAAGAUGUGGACGCUGAAAAGGAUGCAGAAACACACAUAGCCAGCAUGCAGGCACACAGUUCACACACACUCUCCCUGGUUUUAUUUGUAUUACAGCCCAACAUUACACCUCAUAGGACAUGUUGGUGGCGGGACGAGCACUGGCUGACCGGCCAUCUUGAAUGCAGAAAGCAGGAAGAAAAAACAGAAUUCUGCUAAAGACUGCAAGGAGACUGGGCUUCCUUACAUCACUGCAGCUCCCACAGUUCCACAGUCGACGGGGGAUAUUUGACGUUUCCCACACUCAGGCAGAUUGGUAUAUACAGUAUAUCACCUGAUGAUCAAAGUAAGAACUGAAAGCUCUCAGUAUGCUUUAAACCACCGAGGAUAUUUUGCAUCUAAGCAUCUAAGUAUGCCCGUUCUGAAUGGAUACUCUCAAAGGCAGGGCGAAAAACUUUCAUGCGUAGUUUGUGGGUAAUUUUUCACCUGAAUUUAUACCACAGGUUUUUUUAUUGAAAUUAUGAUUUUACAUAGUAGAUGUCUGGCAGCAUAAGAUGCAACUGAUAGUUUCACAUAUGAAUAUGAAUAUGAACAUGAAUAUGCAUUUUCAACCUCAUUGGUGUCAAAACUAACGGUGGAGUCCCUAUCUAUUAUUGGUAAAACUAGAUUAUCUUGGCAGAUUUUCCUUAUUUGAAGGCACCCACAAAUUUCUUAGGAAGACAUGUACACAGAUGUCACUGUAGUGAAUGUAUAAAUAUAGCAAUUUUUAAAUCUGGUAACGCUUUAUUACACAAGCCCAGAAAUUUUGAAUAAUUAACUUGGUUCUUGUUAAAGGGAAAGUUGGAAUUUCUUUGAAAGAAAUGCAUUUAAAGCCAAGUUAUUUUUAUAAGUUUUCAUGUGUGACACCUAGUGCAACACAAAGACCAAAGGAGAGACUGUCUGAAAGUAUGCAUUGUUAUCCUUGUUUGUGUCAUUUACCUCAUUAAGAUAUAGCAGGUUUUUCAUCCCACCUUUGAACGUGGACAUUCAGUAUGGGUAUAAACAUUUUAACAGUGUAUUUGAUGACACAUCAUAGAAACUAGUUUGAAGCAUAUUAAGGCAUUUACAGACAAACCUUGUUACCCAGCUAUCUGGCUGUAUUUGGUAGUUUUUUUUAGGGCAGAAUCGAUAAAAUGCCAAAUUUUACUCAAAUUUCCAACAUUUUUUUUUUUUGAUUUGUGUAUGCAGUAGGACUACCAAUGCUGGAUCUGAUGGUCUGGCGUGAGUUUCUCACCCAGAGCGUUCGCAAGUGUCACAUGGCUGCCAGUGGAUUAACGUCAACAAGGCCCAGUGUGUUAAACACUGUGUGGACCAUUGCUGCAUGGUGCCUUAAUAGCACCACAUGGACUGUGCUAUCAUUGGAAAUACACUGGCACCUAGAAUUCACAAGUGGAAACUUUCCAGUGUACCAGUGCCAGCUGACACAGUUGUGUGAACAUCACUUGAUAAUUUCACUGUUUGGCUGCAUCUGGAUCGAUGCCUUUGAUUUUACUGAGAACUGACGUGACUUUUCUGGAUCAGUUUGCUGUGCCGAGGCUCUGAAUCACUCUGAACUGUGAAAUCAAACUGUGAUCGGAUUGAUUUUUAUGGAUUGGCUCCUGUACUGAACUGGAUCUUCACCCUUAGAACUUCUGACUUUCUCUGGGAUGCAUUGUCUUACUCCUCCCAGCAGCUACAUGCUUCUGUUGAGCUGUAUUUGUACAACCCUGUUAUUUUCUUAGGUUAUUCAGUGGUUAGAAGAGUGGCUUCAAGAGUUCAACAGAUGUGGAUUUUUGAAAACCCGUACUGAUCAUACAUUACAACUGAACCUUCCCAUAACUGAUAUUCAGUGUCUUUAUAUUUGACCUCUUCAGUGCAGUUUACUUACUAGAUUGACAAACCCCUGAUUAAUGAAACGAGUAAUUCUCCUUUGACACACUGGAGAAAAAUAGGGAAACAGAUUCAGAGUGCACAAACCUUCUAAAGGGCUGAGGUGGAAAUGGAACAAGGGUAUCUCUUCCUCCCACAGAGUUAGGCUUCAUUUCUGCCCCAAAGUCACAACUGAGCAACACUAGCAGGGGCCCUACAUGCGCACUGAAGGAGCCCAAAAUUGUGUACAUGAUAUGUGACAUCAGGCCCAAUUAAAACUCUACUUUAGUUGUCUACAUAGAGUUUUCCUGUCAAGUGAGGAAUUGUUAGCAGGGAUUCAGAUGGUUUUCCUUUCAGUUUUACCUCCAAACAAUGUGGUUUAGAUAACCUGGUUGAACUUCUGCCAUGUCAGACAACCUGUCUGAUCAUCUAAACACUGGGUUUUUGCACUUUUACUGUAUUCCGCUAUACCAUUCAUUAUUUUAGGUACAAGGAGAAAAUGCUAAAACAUUAAACAUGUCUACAAGUAUAAAAGUAAGACCCAGAUGGUAAGAAACCAGAAUUAUCCCUCAGUAACGUCCUCAUUCACAAUGUCGUGUUGCAUCUUUGAAGGUCAAAGUCUUCCCAUAAAAGCAGUACUGAUCAACUCUGCUAUUGUUAAAGUGUAUCAUGAUCAGGGGAGGGCACAGGACCAGAUCUAUGUCUGACCCUGGUAUGGGUCAAACUCUAAUACAUAUCUGCCAAAAUUUCCUCGUGGCACUCCAGCAUGAAUGGUUCUUAGGGUAAUUGUUUCCAAGUCUUACCAUCAUAACCUUAAACUUCCCUCCCACCUGCCCUGCUUCCCACCACUGGCCUUGGGAUCACCCAAAGGUGUCUAUUGUCUGACUAUCUAAGUAGGCUGUCAAUGAAGAAAGACACAAAGAAGAUUAUGUUGUCUUUACUCAAGACAGCCUGACUUUGCUACAUACUGCCUUUGCCUUCUAUUACACUUUGUUUGAUAAAAGAAAAACUUUGCUGUUCUCUUGUUGGGACAUUAGGGGUGAGGUAGGGGUGGGAGAGAGAUUAUUAGCAUGCCAGGAAGAACAGGCUGCCAGAACAAGGAAGGUUGGAUCACGUUUUUCUCUGCGGGGCUCAUGGGAGAUCAUACCUUGAUUUCUGCCUUUUGAUUAUGUUGUAAGACUGUUGAUGUGACUGUGGAGAUUUCAUCACAGCUGUGUGACAUCGGGGAACACCAUGACCACCUUUACAUUGUUAGGAAACACCUGGUAUCUGGUAUGUCUCUGGGUCUGAUAAACUGUAGCUUGAUCAAUGCUGGAAUCCUUGUGCAGCAACCUGCAUUUCAUGGUUUAUGGUUUUUACAUUAUCUGAACAUGACAGGGCUAAGCAUUUUGUUGCCUGUUUACAUGAUGUAAGUUAUGUGUUGUGUAUAGAUGUGUUUUUGUGUACUUUACAUAAUGUACGACCUGCGUUUGCUGCCCUCUUGAGAGAGUCUUGUACAUAGUGCUAUUUAUUUCGCGUGUGUGUGUGUGUGAGAGAGAGAGAGCGAGAAAGAGUGUGAUGUGAGGGAUUAUUGGAACAUGUGUUGAUUUAAAAUGCAGUCACUCGGCGUGUUUUUGUACCUUGUAAUGUUGAACAAGCAGAUGGUAGCCUGUCCACACUUUGCCAGCGUGGCUCUUUACACAUAAAUCUGCACCUCAGUGAACAACAAGAACACAUUCACCAUCCUGUCUUCUGCACCGUCGCCUCUCACAGUGUGAAUCUUUUUUGGCCUUAGAUUAAUCACAGUCACAUCCUCUCUGUUCAUGCCUGUUCCACGCUGCUGUUUUUUGUGUUUGUUUGUUUGUUUUGGAAAGAAACUCUAGCAGGAGGAAUCCCUCAGAGGGGUGUUUCAUAAAGAAUGCUCAGAAAAGCAGGGCAUUUCAUGAAAAACCUGGCUCAGAUGAGUGUGACAAACUGAACCAGUGUUAAGCUGUUCCAUUAAGGCAACACAGAGCUAAUGAAAUCAAAUGCUUCUGCAUUACUUUGAAAGACAGACCUGAAACAUCAAGCACAGACUGCAUUACUUCACGCCAAAUGUAAAGAUGUGAGAUUGUGUGAUAUUUGAAAGACAACUUUAAUAUACUACUUUACUUGGUUUCAACAAGUUACACAAUAACAUUCAUAUGGUGGAGGCACUGAUUCAGAUUGAUUGUCUCUAUAGUAUUUUAAUGUUAGUACUUUUGGGCGUGUGUUUCAAUGGUUUAAGUGUUAAUUUCACUAAAGCCAUAGCACUGGGUCAAACAUAUUACCUUUGAUUUAAUUAAAUAACAAAAUAUCCCAAAGCAAACCAACGCUAGAAUCUAAGACUAAGAACACAGAGGUGCUUGGAGCUGUGUCAGUAUGCUGUCACACAACAAUGUUAGCAAGUUGAUAUUUAGCAGUUAUUGUUUUCCGUUUGUUUUAGUGUGUUAACGUGCUAACACAGUUGAAGUAGUGGACAAAUUCAGAUUUUGAUCUGAUGAUAGCUCGAGCAGACACAGAUUACCACAGUUAUGAUAUAAACAUGAAUGUCUACUAAAUUUUAAUGCAAUCCCUGCAAUGGUUGUAAAGAUAUUUCACCCACUAAGUUCAACCUAUUAGAGGCACUAGAGAGGAUCACCUCCCUCUCUGGGGACUAUGACUAUCUAAACCAAACUUUGUGCCAAUUCAUAGAUUUAAAGCCAUUUCUGUGAAUGAGUGAAAAUUUGACCUGUAGGUUGCGCUACAUAAAAAGUCAGGAUAACACUAAAGUCAAUAACUUCUCUCAUCUGGGGACCAUGAAUGUUUCACGGCAGUCCAUCAAGUAGUUAUUGAGAUGUUUCAGACUGGACCAAAAGUGGUGGUCCAACCAAUCCUCCCAGAGACAGAAUUUUAUGAAAAUGUGCUGGAUUCACUGAGCAGCUAGUGAUGGUGCUUUGUGAAACACCCCUCUGGUCAUAUAAGUGACACAACAAAGUGCUAAGUGGCAGAGAUGAUUGAUGGAGACAGGAUGGGAAAUGACAGCACUGACAGUUUUUCUCCAGCUUGGUUUGAAAGCACCAGAUGGUUGUAGUGUGUUUUUGUGACUGUAGUGUAAUCACAAUGACAGUGUCAGCUCUCACCAAUGGCUAUGACCUCCCCUUAGCUUUGUAACUGAUGACAAAAAGUUGUUUUCACCCAUUUACACUGUCUACAUCACAUGCAUGUUUUGGAGAAAAAUAAAGUCUAUUACUUAAUUGUGUCAGUCUCCAUUAUGAUGUCAAUCCCUUAUGAGGAAUGUGCUUUUGCUAAUGCUUUGCUUAGUAAUGCAUUGUAAAUAAUAA